AAUACUGCGGCCGAUUAAUUUCUUCAUACAGGAAGCAUCUUGAAGCUGUCAUUAAAAAUAAAGGCUUCUCUACUAAGUUCUAAAUAAAUUUCAGAUAGCGUGUUCAAUACUUUUUUCCUGUGUCAUUCCACUUUAUUACAUAUAACUUAAUUUAUGGACUUUAAUGUUGUGAAUUCUUUAUAUCUCCGGAUUUCUUGAGUUAAUACCAACUUUUGGUGAAAAUGUCAUGUGAAUAGCCCCAUUGGAAAUAUAUUUACUGAAAAAAAUGUUGACUUGUCCAAUACUUAUUUCCCCACUGUAUAUGAGCUCACAGAUGCCCACGACUGGCUAGUGUUGCUGAUACUGACAAGUAAGAGACAGUAUAACAUUCCUUCAAAACCCAGACAGCACAGCCAAUUUUGCUCCCUUGCACCAAUGAAUGUGGAAUCAAGAUUUGAACUUGCAAGAUUUGAUCUCCAAACAAUAGGGCAAACAAUUUUAUGUUCCACCACUUGGGAGUCCCAUGAUGUUUCUCUAAUGUAAAUUCUUUUCUUUUUUUUUUUUUUAAAUAUUGCUGAAGGAAAAGUAUCCACAUACCUUUGCAGACACUGUGGGGCUUAGGGCUUCUGUCUAAAAGUCAAUCUCCCGCUUCUCCUCGGCUGAGUCUUCCAGAGAUGAGGGCAUUAAGAAGGUGAAGCAGCCAGGAGUAAGACAGAAGCUGGACACCACUCUCCUUUUGGGGUAUGGGACUAUUGAGAACAGCAUGGGAGGAGGAAUAGGUGGACCUGUGGGUCCAAGCCCUAACCCAUCCAAAACCUAGGGACAACAUCGGAGGGCUUACUCAUUUUCGCUGGGUUGUGCCGGCAAAUGGAGACGUGACCCUGAAACUGUGGUUUCACUCAGCUGUGCCUGGUGAUUUUAAACAGAGUCAGGGGUUUGAAGUGAUGGAGACCAAGCGCUGAUAUCAGCUCUACUGCAGAGGCAUCUGUGCUUUCCCAUCCAUCAGCAAAGACUAUAAGUAUUACUUGCAAUUCUGGAGAACAGGCAGUAGACCUGUGACCAGAACCCAUUUUUUUGCAACUGUUUGCCCAUAUUCUGUUGUUUAUUCGGAUGGGUUUUAUUUGUGUAUUAUAGGACAGUGUUUGCCCACUGUAAAAAGGCCAUGCAGAAAGAGAAUGGCUUACAGAAGGCAUACGUCAUCCGCUCAGGCCUUUAUGACUUCAGGCCCCUGCUUUGUGGAAGAACUAGAGACAGGUGCUUUAUUUUUCUUGCUCUUACAAUUUAAGCAUGUAUUCCCUAAUAAUAAUAAUAAUUCCCUCAAAUAUUCCUCAUAGUGCUCAUACAUAUAGAAAUUAUUUAAAUAAUGUGUCAAAUGCAUAAUCUUGGAAAUUAAGCAUAUUAUCACAUUGUUAUAAAGGGGAAUUUGUAAAUGACAAAAUGAAUUACUAAGUUACAACACUGUAGCUCUUUACGUAGGUACAAGGAAAAGAAGUCCCCAGAAAACACAGAAAGACUAGUAAUAUACAACAACUCCCCCAUGGAGGCAGAGGUUCAUUUCUGCCUCCACCGAGACACCAAAUCCACCACAUUCAUCCUGGACCCUCUGAGCAUGGUUCUUAAGCCCAAUGAGAGAAAAGAGCUCAGAGUAUGGGCAUACCCCACCACUCCAGGUCUUACAGAAGACAGUGUGGUGUGCUGUAUUAAGGACAACCCAGAACCUGCCGUCUUCUUCAUCUCUUGCAGAGGAGUCCGGCCAAAGCUGGAAGUGGAGUGCAAGCAACUUAAUUUUGAUAAGAUUUUCCUGGACAGUGCCAUGACUCGGGGAAGACCCAGGACCAGGUGGAGAUAUUAUAUCUCCACACUGGCCUGGGAACGCCUCGGGAUCCCCCAGUCAGAGCUGGUUAAUGUGGCUCGGGAAAGGGAAGUUUGGGGUCCCCUGCUGGAGAUGCCGCCCCCGCGACCCAAUAACGGAUAAGCGGUUCAGGAUGGAUGGAUGGACAGUGCCUUCCAGAAUUUUUGCCACCCUUCAUAAAAAGUAGCAAAAAAUAUUGUAUAAUCUUUCCAGUCGAACAGGAGAAACUAUUUAU